GGGGCGCGGCGCGCGCAGCGGUGCGGCCGGUGCCAUGGCGCUGUCGCGCGCGGAGCGGUGGCUCGCGCUGCUGCUGCGGCUGCUGUCGCGCGCCUGCCUCGCGCUGCUCGCGCUGCUCCCGCCGCCGCCCGGGCCCGGCCCCGGCGCGCGCGCCGUCCCGCCGCCGCGGCGCGAGCUCCUGUUGCUGCCCGCGCGCCGCCUCGCGGCGCUGCUCCGCGCGCGGCAGGUGACCUGCAUCGAGGUGGUGGAGGCGUACGUGGAGAGGAUCAAGGAGGUGAACCCCCUGAUCAACGCGGUCGUCAAGGACAGGUUUGAGGAGGCCCUGCAGGAAGCCCAGCAGGUUGAUAAGCUGCUUUCAGAAGGCCCUGGCGAUGACUAUCUGGAGGAGAAGUUCCCCUUGUUGGGAGUUCCCAUCACUGUCAAGGAAGCCUUUUCUCUCCACGGGAUGCCCAACACCUCCGGCUUGGUCAACCGCCGCAACGUGAUCGCCACCUCGGAUGCCACGGUGGUGUCACGGCUGAAGCAGGCCGGUGCCAUCCCACUGGGUGUCACCAACUGCAGUGAGCUCUGCAUGUGGUAUGAGUCCAGCAACAGGGUCUACGGGCGGACCAACAACCCCUAUGACCUGCAGAGGAUCGUGGGUGGCAGCUCAGGUGGGGAGGGUGGUGUCCUGGCAGCUGCCUGCUCAGUCAUAGGCGUGGGCUCUGACAUCGGUGGCAGCAUCCGGAUGCCCGCCUUCUUCAACGGAGUCUUCGGCCAUAAACCCACGACAGGGGUGGUGCCCAACGACGGCCAGUUCCCAAACGCUCACGGGGCACGGACCAGCUUCCUGUGCACGGGACCCAUGUGCCGCUAUGCCGAGGACCUGGAGCCUGUGCUGAGGGUCAUGGCCGGGCCCGGGGUCAGCAAGCUGAAACUGAAUGAGAAAGUGUCACUGGAGAAGAUCAAAUUCCACUGCAUGGAUCACGACGGCGGGUCCGUUUUUGUGUCACCUGUGGACAAGGAGAUCUUGCAGGCCCAAAAGAAGGUGGUGGAGCACAUCGAAAGUGACCUGGGGGUCCGGGUUCAGCAUGUGUCAAUCCACAAGAUGAAGUAUUCUUUCCAGAUCUGGUCAGCCAUGAUGUCGUCCAAGGACAGCAAUGGAGAGGAGGCACAGCGAUUCACAGACCUGCUGGGGGACCACGGGAAGCCGGUGUGGCCGCUGUGGGAGCUGAUGAAGUGGCUCGUGGGGAUGUCUUCUCACACCUUCCCAGCUAUUGCCCUGGGGCUGACGGAGAAGCUGAUGAAACUCAACCACAGUGGGAAUGCCAAGCUGGUGAGCAUGGGGAAGAGCCUGCAGGAGGAGAUGGAGGCGCUGCUGGGGCAGGACGGGGUGCUCCUCUACCCCUCACACCCCACCAUCGCCCCCAAGCACCACUCCCCCAUCUGCAUGCCCUUCAACUUCGCCUACACGGCCAUCUUCAAUGUCCUGGGCCUACCGGUGACACAGUGCCCACUGGGGCUGGGCAGCGAGGGGCUCCCACUGGGCAUCCAGCUGGUGGCAGCUGCCUACAACGACCACCUGACGCUGGCGGUGGCCCGGUACCUGGAGAAGGCCUUUGGAGGAUGGGUUUUGCCGGGGAAAGUUUAGCCUUGGGAGGCAGGAACAGAGAGGGUGGUGCCCAGCGAGGCAGUGGCAGGUGCUGAUGUUCCCUUUGCAUCCCACUGUGCCCUCCUGGGAACAGCUGGUGGUGCCUCCGGCCAUGGGGCAGCCGGGCUGUUGCUGUUGGAUUCUUCAUCCCUGCAGCACCUUCUGUCAGGGAGAGACCUGCCCUCCCUGAGCCCCUCAGGAGCCCCGGUGCUGCAGGCUGAGGAUGUCCUGCCUGCAGUGGGCAUCCACCUUUUCCUGGCCAUGGAGAUGGUCAGCGCUGUAACCCUUGCUGCUUUUGAAGAUGCUGAGUGUGAUCUUGGCAGAGGAGAUGCUGCCAGACUGCUGGGGGGCAGCCACUCAGCCCCUCUUGGGGCCCCCCUGGGCACAUGAGGGUCCUCCUUGGCCUGACCCUGCCCACAAGACUGGACUGUGCCUGCUGCACCCAGGCUUGGCAGCCCCCACAGCCCCCCUGGUCUGCUGCAGCAUUCCCACUGCCCUCUGACCAAAAUGGGAGAGGGGCUGAAGGGGCUGGGCUGAGCCCUACGCCCGCCUCACCAGAAGUGCUUUGUGGGGUAAGGGGUGCUGGGCUCUGCCAUGUGUGCAGCUCCGGAAGGAGCUGUUGCUCUGAGAGCAUUUGUAGCACUGGAUAAAGUAUCUCCUGCCUGUUUCUUCCCCUUCUGUCUGGGAGGGAUCACCCCUGCCACCUGCCCUGCCAAGCUGCCUGGCCUCUGCCCCAGGAGUGGACAUGGGCAGUGAUGUGGGGAGCUGUCUGGGUGGACAGCAAGCACAAGGUGUUCUCAAUGAGCGUGGUAUUAAAGAGUCUGUCCAGUC